AUGCUUUGGAAUGAUAAGACACAGUCUUAUCAUUUUCCCUUCCUAACUUUUUCAGAACCAAUUCUUGACUGCAAUUGCGACAGAAAACCUGCUAAUGGACCAGAUGCCGAAGGUUUUUGCGAAGAAGUUGGAAGAAAAACGAUUCAGAUGCUGUUUACUUGCCCUUCGAAUCCAUCGAAUUUCAGACGCUUCAAUGGAAAGUGCAAGAGAGUUUCAAAAGCAAAAGCUUUCUCCCUCCCCAUGCCCUGCGGCGAGUUAAACUGCAAAUGCAAGAACGCAAUGGCAACCCUAGCUGCUGAUCGGGGUGCUGUUGCUCAGUGCUGGACAGCAGCAAAGAAGCCGACGUACAGAAUUUUCUGCGACACGAACGGAAACGGAGUUUGGGAUAAUGGCGAAUCGAGAAGAGAUAGCAAGAUCAAGUGCACCGCUGCUGGAGUUGUCAAAAAGCAUAACUUUGGCAAUUUCAAUUGUUAA